ACUGUUGCCAGCCCGUAUCCGCUGAUGACAAUGAUCUCUCAUUGAGGGAGGCCAUUUUGAUUCGGAGAGUCGCCGACUACACAUAGGUCCGUCCACACCGAGUUUCUUGAGGAAAAACUUUUGUGUUCCACUGUCCACAGAACAGCAACGAUGCCUUCCGUAGACGAACUCUUCGUUCACUGCGAGAAGUUCGCGGCAGGACUUCCGAGCCCGCUGCAAGGGCUGCUCGACAAAGCCUCGAAAGCCACGAAGGUUCCCAGAUCGAAGCUCGUCGCAGGUUUCUUGGCCCUAGCUGCACUGUACAUGAUAUUCGGAUACUUCGCGGCGUUCAUCUGUAACUUCGUCGGAUUUGCUCUACCUGCCUACUGGUCCAUGUCAGCCAUUGAGUCGUCGAAUAAGAACGAUGACACCAAAUGGCUCACCUACUGGGUAGUUUUCGCCGCCUUCAGCUGCGUCGAUUUCUUCGCAGACGGCAUCUUCGCGUACUUCCCUCUAUACUGGCUCACCAAGGUGAUCUUCCUCGCUUGGUGUUUCGCCCCCACGGAGGCGAAUGGGUCGCAGGUGAUCUACACUAAGAUUCUUCGGCCGUACUUCCUGAAAAAGCAGAACCAGAUCGACAAAGCCAUGCAGAAGGGAGCCGACGUCGUGAGCAACCUCGUGAAGAUGGAUUAGGGCCCGUGUGGGAGUUUUGGUGCGAAAUCGAAAGACAGGCAACUCAGAUUCCACAUUUACUCACGCAGCGUCUAUAUCUACCAUAAUUUCGUGUAACCACCCGACCCACCCCUUCCUCGGAGAGAAACCUACUGGAACAUCUCCAUUAGUCCACAUAUACAUAUAUAUAUAUAUAUCUUUCUACGAACUUGUCUUUUGAGUCGAUCUUGAUGAUUGAUAAGAGCCGGUGUCAGCUUCCCAAACGGUUGGGUCUCGCGCUCCGGAAGAGCUCGGGAACCGGAGGUCGCGUCCCCUCCUCUUCGUCCCAGCUCGAUCGGUCGCUUGCUGAGGUUUCGCCGCCACGGAAAUUUCUUUAAGACCAGCGAAUGAACAUUUCUAAGAGCCCUUCCGCUGCCACAAACUUCAGCUUCGGACGAGUUUCGUUGAGAUGAACAUCCAUGUGCUGUUUGGAUCAUUCUUGGUAGCGUCAAUUAUAACAUCGAUCGCCUCCGUUUGGGUAGCUCGUACACGAAUACUUUCCAAGUAUGGCGAUCCCGACGCGACGUCAACAUGGUGUUAGGUGUACUUCUCCUCCUUUUUUAUACAAUUUUUGUUUGAGAAGCCUCAAAUUAUCGACAGACCCUAUAUGCGACGGCGCUGCGCGCUUCGAUCAUAUAUUCUCAACAAAGCAUCCCAGCUAUCAAAUAAAGAUGUGUACAGAGGAAGUGUCAGGUAACAA